UUGAACCCCAAAUUUUGCAAGCCCACCCACCCAGUACCCAAGGGCUCCCAAUUCACAAAAAACCCCUCAAAUUGAAUUCGAAGCGGACUCCAGAAAUCAAUAAAAACCUGAAGAAGAAGAAGAAUAUCAUCCCAAAAACCUCACCUAACUGAUCCUGCUGUCAUGGUUGCCCUCACCACUUUGGCGCGUUAUAUUGCCAGCAGGAUGGAAUACUCCGUUAAUUUGAGCUUCAAGGUUAAACCCUCGUCCCCUUCUCAUUUCUCUCAUUCAUUAUCAAUCAUUCCUGCUACUUAUUUCGAAUGCCGCUCAGAAAUGGAUUACAAUCCAGGGCAUCUUUACUUCAUAGUCUUGAUUGUUUGUAAAGUUCUGUUCUUUAUGUGUUUAAUCAAUGGAUUUAGGUGGAGCCAUGGAAAUUGAUCAAUACAAGGGGAUAAGGGGUUUUGCUUGCUACGAAAUAAGGCUAAUGGUCUGUCUAAAUUUGAUUUGAUAUGAUGUUUGGUUGGUGGUUCUACUAUUUGUUGCAUACAGUUACCUUAUAUUUGUGUAGUUCUUUCGUAUUCCGGCUAUUGAUAUCCAACAGUUAUCACCUGUCCGCAGAUGUUGGUGUAUGUAUUGUGUAAACCUAGCUAUUUUCACAAAGCAGCAUUCACGAUGAAGGUUUUGUUAUGUUACCAGUCCACUGUUAGCGGCAACCUAUUAUUUUUACUGACCAUCCUUUUGAACUGGGUUUAGUUUGAUUCUUCGUGGGUUUUACUUAAUACUUGUAAAUAGGUAUUCAGUGCCUAGGAAGAGCUAAAUGUACAAUUAGCUGGAGCAUCUUAUAGGUUUUUGGCAUCAGGCAGGUUAACCGAGUCCAGUGCAAGCUUGUAUAUCUAGUCCUUUUAUGAAGAGGCCUGGUCUCAGAUUGUAUAGUGUAAUAGGGAGACUUUGUGACUUGUUAUGGAUUUCUUUGUGGUCUCAUAGUGGAAAGGAUUCUUUAGUUGUUUUGACUGACUGUUCCUGAAUAUUUUGCACAUUGCUAAUGAUUUUUUAUAGCAUUAGCCAUGAUCCCACAACAGAACAUAUGACAUGCUUAAAGCUGUGUUCCUUUUGGUAGAUCUCUUUGGUGUGUUUGGUGCAUUUUGGAUAUGGUCUCCUUUUUGAAUUUUAGCCUGAUACGAAAUUUCUUGUGGCGCAGAACUUUCAACAAGGUGUUAAAGAUGUGGAUGUGUGGAAAAAUUUUUUCCAAGGGAAAUUGACGUAUGUGCAUUGGACUAAAGGUGAGGAGAUGGCCCCAACAAUUGGACCUCAGGGUGGUACUCUUCUCGUCAGGAGGUUAAUUUCACCAGAUUCAAGCAGGGUUGACGUUGGAGAUGUUGUAGUGUUGAAGGAUCCUGAAAAUUCAGAUAAUUUAAUAGUCCGGAGAUUAGCUGCUGUUGAAGGGUAUGAAAUGGUGUCCAAAGAUGAAAAAGAUGAGCCUUUUGUUCUAGAUGAUGAUGAAUGCUGGGUGGUUGCUGACAAUGAAAAUAUGAAGCCAAAGCAGGAAGCAUAUGAUAGCCGGACGUUUGGACCUGUUUCAAUGUCAAACAUCGUAGGUAGAGUUUUAUAUUGCCUGAGAAAUGCUGUGGAUCACGGUCCAGUAAACAACAGUGAAACUAGCAUGCGGAAGGAUUCCGCAAUACUGGAAGUUGAACUAGAUGUUGAUGAGAUGGUGAAAAAUCACAAAGCGUAGAAUGUACCACAGUAAAAAAAAAAAAGAAGAAAUGUACUGCUCGGCGUGUUUUGAAUGGGGAAGUACAACUGAUCAUCUUCUUAGUCAAUUUUCCUGGCUGGAACUCUCUAUCUCUCUCUUGCAAGUGUAACCACAACAACAAAAGAAUAAGUGCAGUUGGUUUUCUGAACCAAUGGAGGCAGGUUGAGAUCAUAUAAUGUAAUCCAUUGGAAGGGAAGAGGGCUUGAAAAGACACUUGCAUUUGUCUUGGUUUCUGAACAUUCCUUUAAUUUGAGUAGCAUGUCCAUUGUUUGUUUGGACAAUUUGUGGUCUGAAAUCAAUUGGAAAAAUUAUUUGAAGUUGCUGUUAGGCCUUUUCCAUCUUUUGUUGUUAAGAGGAAUUAUUUCAACUCAGAUUUGCCAAUUAAUUAAACAAGGCUUCACUUCUCUCUCCCUCUCACCGUGGGACUUGUCCAGGGGAUUUUCAUAUGGGGAACUCUAGAAAAAAGAGAGGAAAAAAAAAACCUAAGUUAAAAAAAAAGAAAGAAUAAAUAGUAUUAGUAUUUCAAUUUCAUCACCUCAUAAUUAAAAUAUGAUCCUCUGUGCUACUUUCUUGUGAUACUCAUUAUGACACGAUUCAAUUGCUACUAAUUAAUUAUAUAAUUUGUGCUAAUACAUA